AUGGAGGGCCUUGCUUCUUCCAUGCCUGGCUGUUGGUCACUGAUGUCUCCUUCUCGUUUCAUUCCAGAGAGCCGGAUGAUCUUGGAUGCCUUUGCCCAGCAGUGCAGUCGUGUUCUUAGUCUCUUAAAUUGUGGAGGAAAACUUCUGGACUCCAACCAUUCUCAGUCCAUGAUUUCUUGCGUCAAGCAGGAAGGCUCUAGUUAUAACGAAAGGCAGGACCAGUGUCACAUUGCAAAAGGGGUCCAGAGCCAGACCCCUGACAACAUAGACAUAGAAAUGCAAUAUAUGCAAAGAAAACAACAGACUUCUGCCUUUCUGAGAGUGUUCACUGACUCGCUCCAAAAUUACCUGCUCUCGGGGAGCUUCCCGACACCGAACACCUCAUCAGUCAGUGAGUAUGGCCACCUGGCUGAUGUGGACCCUCUCUCAACCUCCCCGGUGCAUACAUUAGGCGGCUGGACCUCCCCGGCGACGUCUGAGUCCCACGGCCACCCAUCCUCCUCUACGCUGCCAGAGGAGGAGGAAGAGGAGGAAGAGGAAGGCUACUGUCCUCGAUGCCAGGAGCUGGAGCAGGAGGUUAUCUCCUUGCAGCAAGAAAACGAAGAGCUCAGAAGGAAGUUAGAAAGCAUUCCAGUGCCCUGCCAGACCGUCCUAGAUUACCUAAAGACAGUGCUGCUGCACCACAACCAGCUCCUGCCGCAGCCCGCGGACCAGCCCACCGAGGGAAGCAAGCAGCUGUUGAACAACUAUCCUGUCUACAUAACGAGCAAACAGUGGGACGAGGCUGUAAAUUCUUCCAAGAAAGACGGGCGGCGGCUCCUCCGCUACCUCAUCAGAUUUGUUUUCACCACGGAUGAGCUUAAGUACUCAUGCGGCCUUGGGAAAAGGAAAAGGUCAGUUCAGUCAGGAGAGACAGGUCCCGAAAGACGCCCUCUGGAUCCAGUUAAAGUCACGUGCCUCCGAGAGUUCAUUAGGAUGCACUGUACCUCCAACCCCGACUGGUGGAUGCCCUCGGAGGAGCAGAUCAACAAAGUGUUCAGCGAUGCUGUGGGUCACGCCCGACAGGGCCGGGCAGUGGGAACUUUCCUGCACAACGGCGGCUCGUUCUACGAGGGCAUGGAUCACCAGGCGUCCCAGGAUGAGGUCUUCAACAAGAGUUCGCAGGAUGGAUCUGGGGACUAGCGGACAGAAUCCUCACCCUCCCAGUGGUGUUUUUGUGUGUUGUUUUGUUUUGUUAGGAGCUCCAGUUGUGAAUGUCCAUUUCCUUGUCACCCUAGGUACACAGCAUGUCCUUCUGUCAUACUUCACACAUUCUCAGACCCUGCCCCCGCCACAGUUCCCAAACAGAAAUCCACUUCGGGCUUUUCUGGGGUGUCUCUGGCACCUGCAGUAGAUUUGGGGUAUGUUAUAUUACCGAGGAAAGGUACAGUUGACAUAAGUCAUUACCGGCUAGACAUUGAGGGUGUCUCCUGUCCCAAGUCUUCAGGUCAGCCUGGCCUCCUGAGCAGAGCUGGUCUCCUGGGAAGGUUCAGUUAGUGUUCCUGCACAUGGGGGAAGGAAAGACACAGACUUGUUUUAAGGGACUAGCAACAAGCAUUCUCUUACUUAAUUCAACUAAGUUUUGUUUUUUUGAUUUUCCAAAGACUUGAAUUCAGCGUUCUCAGCAAAGACACAGGAUAGGUGACCCUAUAAGCGUUCAUUCUUAAUUAGAAGCCAGAGAACAGAGGCCGUGUCUGUAGGUGAUUCAGUUGAGGUCAUUCUCUUUUCCGUUAUCUUCUAGACAGAACUCACUGUGUCGAUCAGAAAGGCAGCCUGAUUCUGCGGCUUACAAGCAGGACAUUUUCUUUAUAUCUUUAGGAAACAUCCAGAGAUUCAGAACCGUUUUCCAAUGCCUCCUUUCCUAAGUUCCUUGAUGCACAGCUUCCAUAGCCUUAAGUCAGCACAGUGCCAGUGGUGGGUUCAGUGAGAGGUCCCACCAGCCAGCUGUAUGGUAAGACCAAACCCAGGCUGUGACCGAUGGUAUCUGCUGCUGAUAGGGGUCUGGCAUUGCAGACAGACAUGCAGCUUCAAGGUCGAUCUGACAACUGUGUGGUGGCUUGGUGGUGAGUUCUCUGAAAUUUGAGGACCUUUCUGGACUGAGUGGCAGUUGAGAAUGUAUGACACUUCUGUUUCCCGUCGUCAUGGAUAAACUCGCCUCAUCCAGCUGUGCCUCCCCUUUCCUCGCUAGCCCUCUGCAGUCUGAGGUCUCAGUUAACUGUUCUGCUUGCCUGGCUAAUCUGUGGAAUCCAUAUGUGAGAGUUGUAGUGACCUGGGACCACUUCCCAGCAAAGGGUACAGAGGUGCUAUAAUUGUUUCUGACAAGGAUUCAACUUUGGACAUGAGAGACUCGCUUUACCAGACAAGUCAAGAUUUUACUGUGUUCUUUGUGGAACCAGGAGCUAAAUGGGCAGCCUUUGCUGAAGAUCGUGAAUGUCAUCUCCGAACACAGGGAAGAGCUUUGAAAACGGGAUAGAAAUUCAGACUAUCCAUUUAGGAAAGGGGCUUUUGAGGAGGUCGGUUUUGUCAAAAAUCACGUAUCUUUUAUAUUCAAUAUCUAGCAUCAGAGUUUGAACAAAUUGGCUGAGCAGUUUAGAAGUAAAAAAAAAAAUUGAGUAAAUGAACUGUCAUUUACAACAGGGGCGAGCAGGGCCUUUGGUAUUUCUUAAUGUGUGGUCCAAGGCCUGGACAAUCUGUCCUCGGACAUAUCCAGUGCCAUAAAACCUUGCGGGGAGCUUGCCGUCACCUCCUGCCUUUCCAUCUUCCCUUCCUGCUGAACUUCAGUUCCUCUUCCUGCUGGGUACGUUGUCCUUGCCACAGCAGCCAUGUCUGUCUGCUGCUUUUAAGGAAUGCAGACUUGUAGGUUGCAUCUUUUCCAUGUAAGUUUGAGGAGUCUGCACACACCUUCCAUGCAUCAUCCUGGAGCCUGCUGUGGUGCAGGUCUUCACUGAGGGUGAAGGAGCAUUUGGGGCCCCAACUCUCUGGACCUUUAACACACCACAGCUGUGGAGCAGGGACAGGAACUUCCAGACUGGCCAUUGCUUCUGCCACUUGAAAAGGCGCCCGUGCUAGGCUUGCCACCGCCUUUGCUCCUGAGCCACCGGCUCUCCGCCUCUUGUUCUCACUCCAAGUGAAUGUCUGCUGUCAGCUGUUGCCCACAAGUCACCAGUUCUGAAACAGAACUGAUACUGGCCGUUGUGCACAUGAGGAAACUAAGGACCACCGCGCUGACUUCCUCAGCAUCUUCGGUUUCCCUGUGUGCCCUGGGCUUAGGACCUGCAGUCCUCAGCCCCUGUGUGACUGCUGUUUUCUUUAGCUUAGAUCACUGCCUGAUAUGAGCAGGCAGCUACUUAGACCUGACUCAGUGCUUAGCUCUAGUGUGUCCAUUUACGGCUACUACUACUCAGUAGUAAAGCUGCUCUUCAGGUCAUGGUGGCUUCCUUUGUGGUCACCCGAGUGUUAAAUCAGCUGCAAAAGGUGCCGUCUCCGGCAGGGAUUCAGAGCUCACCCUUCAUCAGGCUGCCCCCAUUUCUCCACAAGCCUUUGAUUUUAUGUGUGAAGGUCUGAGAAUGUUGCCCAUGAGCUUGGUUUGAUUUUCCACAUCAUUCUGGCAGUCCAGACGCAUUGCUCUCCCAACACGAACCUUCGUCCUCUGUCAACUUGUAGAAUUGCCCUGAGUCAUUUAGUGUUGGUUUGAAGUAGACUUGAGUUAAAAACAGCUCCGAUGCAGCUGUGCCGUGUUAUUGGUGAGAAGGAUGUGGUUGCCAGGCUGGCGUGACUAAAUGUGAUGUUUUUGUCAGUGAUUAGGUAGGUCUGUCCAGUGUCCCGGCUAUCAAGCUCCAUGGUUAAUAGUGAACAUUGUCCUGGUGUAUUUUUCUUUUUCCAAAUUAAAAUGCCUGCUUCUCACAGUGAUUAACUCCCCAGGCACAGAUCUUGCCAAGAGGAGGAUGACCCUGGCAUGACCCAUCAGGGGCCGGGGACCAGGAGCCUGUAGAGGGGAGCGCUGAUCUACAAGCAUUUGAUAAGGUUGCAUUUCUCACCGGCCCUUUUGUGGGUGCAGUGUUCAGUCUGUCGUGGUAUCCAGAGAACUGAAACAUUUCAAAUUGGAGCUUUUUUGCUUGAAAGCGUUUCUGCCAGGCCUUAAUCCUGUUCCUCGUCCAUCACAGCAGUUGGGGGACUUUGACCAUGUGUUUAGAGGCUUUCCUGAAAAGGCCACAGAGAGCACAGGAGUGCAAGGGUGUCGUCAUCUCUUGGUCAGGUGUGGAAGGAUGCGUGUCACCACUGUAGUCGGGUGGUUCAGGUGUCACUCCUGACCAGUAGUGACCAGCACUGGGAGGAUAAGGGGACGUGUAUUUCCAGUUGUGUUUGACACAGCUACUCCAUGGCAUCCGGUUACGGUCACUGAUAGCAAUAGGAUUUUAUUAUUUUCAGUCCGGUAAUGAUUCUUGAAAUAGUAGAUGUUUACACAAACUCUAAACAAUAGCUCAAACUUAGGAAUCUGCAGGUCUGUGAUUUCUCCAUACCCCUGCCAUAUAAUGGCUUGUGCCUCUCUUCUGCAGCUGAGAAGUGGAUGGAGCUCCAUGGGAAGACGUGCACCAUGUCCAGAACACAGACAUUCAUUGCCCUCAUGAGUUCUGUGUUUUGGUUUGAGUUUUUUGUUGUUUUAGGGUUUUUCUUUGUCGUUGGUUUUUUUGUUUUGUUUUGCGGUGCAGGGAGUUAAAUAUUAUUCAGUAUUUACUCCAGACUAACCCUGACACCCCUGACUACCUCUUUAGUUUCUAUAUAGACCGGUUAUCGGUUUUGGUUGAAAGGUCAUUUUUUGUUGACUUAGAAAAGAUUUUAAAUAUCUAGUUUCUUCAGUCAGUGCUGUACCAUGUCACAGUACAGGUCUGUGUUCAUCUGUGACAGCUUUCACAUGCAGAUUUGGAGAAAUGUGAUAGAAAUGGUUUUGCACAUACGGUAUGAGUUUUGCUGGUGUGUGUUUAAUGUGACGACACUUGCCAAAGCUGCUUGACAAACACGUCAAGAAGGAUGCUUGAGUCACAACUCUAAUGCAAAUGUGUCGAAACAGCAGUGUGUGUCAGUGUGGUGUAUUUUUGUAAACAUGGUGGUGGCUUCUUUCAGUCAUAUAAGUACUGGAUAAAAAUAACAUUGAAACACUGGAGGAAAAUGUCACUUAGCUGUUCACAAAGCUACUUGCAUUAUCAGCUGUGGCGUGUGUGUGUGUGUGUGUGUGUGUGUGUGUGUGUCUCUACAGGAGAGGGACAAAUUGAUUGUCAUCAGCAAUGUGGAGGACAAAAAUAGUACCCAUCACCACUUUUUUAAAAGUAAAGUUUAAAGCUUUAGCUGAUGCAUUUACGCAUUAGAGGCCACUUGUACUCUCCGUAGUAUAUUGAACCUUGGGAAAUGCUGAGAACUGGAAUUCUCACUUUUAAUGACUGACUUUGUCAGUCUUGACUGUAGAAGGCAGUAAAUCACCAAAAAACUUGGCUUCUGAGCUUCCAUAACUGGCUGUGAGGACUGUGCUCUCCUUGGAUCACAGUUUCUGAAAUUGCAGUGAACGUACAUCUGCUAGCGAGACCCAUUUGUAAACCUGGGUCACUCUGGACAGUGGCACCCGUCCGGGUAGCCCAUGCACCUCGACAUGCUGCAAAACAGUUUGGUCCCGUCGGAGAUCACUGCCAUGGCCAUAGUUAACUACAGCUACCUGAGUGUGACUCUCGAUUCCCUGUGUGCUAGUUGCUUCGAUAAGCACUUUAAUGCAUCCUUCACGGCUGCCCUCAGCUGUCACUGCCCAGGGUGCUCACUGGAGGUCACUUGGAGCUCAGGAAGCAGAAUGGCCCCUUCUGUUUGCCCCCGUCAGGCAUGGUUCUCAAAGUCUGCCAACACUUCAGAGUGAACGUUUUUGUUUUUUCUGAUGCUGUCGAGGGAAAGCUGCCGUUUAUAUCUGCUUUGGAAGUCUGCAGGUGCUUAGAUAACAGGUAUGUGAAGCCCGGGCCUCCAGGCGUUCUCAGGGUGCUGGCAUGAAGUCAUGGCCUGUUUGACAACCUGUGAAGGAGACCAGAAACUCAAGGAAAUGGACACAUCGAAGUCUAGUUCCUUUCUAUUUGUGUUCUAGGCCCCUGUGCAAAGAUGCAAAGGCUUAAAAGAAAACUUGGCGUUUUGUUUUAAGACUAGAUCCUCCUGGGGAACACCGGGUGACAGCACUGGGUGUUGGCCAGUGUUCCCGUCUCUGUGUGGCAGGUUUUGCAGCCUUCUGGUGACACAGUUUGGUGAGGCAGGAGGUUUAGCUGACACAGUCACUGUGCAGGCUGUAGAGGAGACUGGGUACAGAAUAUAGUGACCUGUUGAUUUUGCCCCUGUAGUUUUAGCUUUAACAUCUUUUGAGAGCAUGCCAAAGCCACAAGGGGCCCGGCUUGUGCCUCUUGGGAGCAAUCCCUGCUGGAGGGAACAGGGAACUUGGUCACUGUCCAGCCUGACCCUGCCCAGGCUAAGCCUUGCCUUCAUGUCUCUCCUCUGCAGAAUGGCGUGUUGCAGCUCCCGCUGGGGCCAGUUGCCUUUAUUCUAUUUUCUAUGAUGAAUACUUGUGGAGAAACUGUGACAAAUCCAUUGAUCCUAAUAUUUUUAUUGUUGGAGUCUUGUGGCUUCUCUGAAUAAUUUCUAUUUGAUUGUACUGUGUGGAAUUCAUACACACUAGGGAUAUGUUAAUAAAGCUAAAAUGCAUAGUAUAAUAUAGAAUAGCAAAAAAUUUUGUGAACAAUUUAUAUAGAAGAGUAAGUUGUUUUUUAAGUGUUAGGCCAUUUCUUUUAGGAACCUAAAAUGUUAUAAGAGUUUUUUAAACAUUCAAUAUUUUUAAUUAUAAGAGACAUUUGUUACUAGAGCUAAUUAUUUCGGGUGUUCUAAUUGGAAUAUUGAUUUUUCUUACCUCAUAUACCUCUAGAAUGCCACAUGUUCUGUUGGGGAUAAAAUUGCACAAUAAAUGUCAAGUUAUCUGUUA